AUGAACGCGUUAAUAUUAGUUGGGGGGUAUGGCACACGUUUGAGACCAUUAACCUUAACAACACCAAAACCGUUAAUUAGCUUUUGCAAUAAGCCAAUUUUAGAACACCAAAUAUUCAAUUUAGCAAAAUGUGGAAUAAGAGAAAUAAUUUUAGCUAUUGCUUAUAAACCUACUAAUAUAACAGAUUUUGUCAACGAAUUAGAAAAAAAAUAUGAUGUAAAAAUUAUUUAUUCAAUUGAAGAUGAACCAUUGGGAACGGGAGGACCAAUAAAGCUAGCUGAAAAAUUUUUAAACAAAUAUGAUGAUUUUUUUGUUUUUAAUUCAGACAUUAUUUGUACCUUUCCAUUAUUAGAGAUGAUGAACUUUCACAAGGAAAAUAAUUCUCCUUUAACAAUUUUAGUAAAAGAAGUUGAAGACCCCAGGGCAUUUGGUGUUGUAAUUACCGAGGAUAAGAGAAUUACAAAAUUUGAAGAGAAGCCAUUAGUGCCUAAGUCAAGUCUAAUAAAUGCAGGAAUAUACAUAUUAAACAAAAAUAUUUUAAAUUAUAUUCCUAUGAGAAAUAGUUCUUUGGAAAAAGAAAUAUUUCCCAAACUAGCAAAUGAGAAUAUGUUAUAUUUUUACAAAUUAAAUAAAUUCUGGGCAGAUAUUGGAAAACCGUUAGAUUUUUUAAAAGGUCAGGCGUUGUAUUUAGAAGAUUUAGAAGAAAAAACGAAAGAGCGAAAAAUUUUAUGCGAUUAUUUGUUAAUAUGUUAUAGUAUAAAUGAAAAAGAAAAUAAUGAUAUACAAAAUCAUAGCAAUAAAAAAAAUUUAUUUAUAACUUUUGAAAAUAUAGAAGAAUUAAAUAAAUUUUCUAAAAAUAAAGAUCAUUUUUUUAACGAUAUACUACAUUUUACAAAGGUUGAAGGAAAUGUUCUAAUAUCCUCAAAAACUGUAAUAAAAAAAAAUUGCGUACUAGGUGAUAAUGUCGUAUUAGGUGAUAAUGUAGUUAUAGGAGAAGGAUGUCGAAUAAAAAAUGCAUGUGUAAUGAGUAAUUCUAUUAUUAACUCAUAUUCAUAUAUUGAAAAUACUAUUAUUGGUUCAAAAUCAAGUAUAGGAAAUUGGUCGCGUAUUGAAGGCUUAUGCGUACUAGGGGAAAAUGUUGUUUUAAAACCCGAAAUUUUUCUUAAUAAUGCUUUUAUUCUCCCAUACAAAGAAGUUAAUAACUCCAUUUAUGAGAAAGGUGCGAUUAUCAUGUGA